AUGUUGGAUAAUAAAAAUUUCGGUGAAGAUGAUUUGGACCCAUUACCCCCCGAGGAAAAAAAAAACGACGUUUACAAAUCAAAAUCUCUUCCUCAUUUGAUACGUAUAAGAGAUUCCGGUGUGGGUUGCAGUACCGGAAGUUAUUCCGGCGUGGAACAAGAAGAACACGACAUCGAUAUUGGAAGUAUUAAAAUCGGAAAUUAUCAAAAAGUAUACGAUUUGCGACAAUUUUUAACACUUCGACAGCAUUACUAUCCGGAAGGCGGUUGGGGUUGGGUUAUUGUUUUUUGCGCUUUUCUCGUACAAUGUUUAACUCAUGGAAUACACGGAGCCUCUGGAAUUAUAAUGCAACAGGUUAUACGUAGAUUUAAUCACGUUACUCAUCACGAAGCAGGUACGUAA